AUCGGCGAAGGCGGAGAUGACCUGUCUCUCCCCUGAUAUUUACUUAUUUUGUUUAAAUCUUCGAUUACCACAAUGAAUAUUAAGUUAUUCUUGAUAUGUGUGGUAAUGAUGUACACCAUGCACCAAGGGCCUGCUGUUUAUCGGGACUUUGCAUGCGUGGAACCCGAGCCAGGAUAUGCCAAAAGAUUGUUUUAUUAUUUCACCGCAAGUGAAAUUGAGAAAGUCUGUCCAACGGUUACCGAUCUGACAUGGCGAAUUGGAAACGAGGUAUUCAAUAACCUGAUGUGUGUGCUUCUUACCCUGCUGCUGGGCUAUGCGCCGUCGAUCGGGCAAAUCGUCAAAGAGAAAUGGUCAGCAGCCGUGUCAAUGUUCCAAGAAUGGAGAGCUCGCCCUUCCCUCUGCCGUCACUGCGGUACUGCCCCAUGUCAGGUUGAAAGGAGAUCCUUGUGGAAGCCCUCUGGUACUCGUAAGAAAGACAAGGCGAACUUCGCAAAAAGGUCAAACGCCAUGAUGUUGUUUUACUAUGGACUAGAGUUGUCCGUGGUACUAACCAUAGAGCUGCCAUGGAAUGACCUGUACUGGAAGAGGAAGUUCGUCCAGCAUUUUGAGGAGGAGCAUAUGAUAUUGUUCCCAGUGUGCAUCCAGCGUCAGAUCAACUACUGGUACCCUGUCCCUCGCUAGAUUUGUGGCGCCGUUCAAAGAGAAGAAUGUGGUUAUGGAAAAGAAGUUUAAGAUUGACGUCAGAGACUCAAUUUGUUUGUCAUUUUUUUUUGGGCCACGAUCCGAUCCGAUUUGAUUGGGGUUUGGCCAAUGAUAUAUUGUACUUUAUAUUUGUUAUAUUGAAUUGUAACUCUAUGGAUCUUGACCACUAGUGGUUUCGUGAAAGACUGAAACGAUACCUGAUGAAUUGGCUAUUUAUAACUUACCUAGUAAUGUCCAGCAGUGGUCCAAUUUAUAAAUUUCGAUGGUGUUGUUUGAUUGGUCAGUUGUUAAUUUGAGUAGAUGUGGAGCUGGAAAGUUGACCAAGCAGCAUUGGUCAGUUCGAAGUCGGUUCGCCUUAUGUAGAUGUUCCCGGUAUCUAUUAUGUUGGCAAGUUAGAACGAUGUCCAUCUUAACUGUUUAUUAGUGAUUUGUGAAAAUUUCGUCAAAUACUCAACGCAUAGGUCAGAUCAAAUCACCGGUGUGUUCCAUGCUGUUUGCGGCUAUCAUUUCGAAAGGUUCUACCUCUGACACAUCUUGAAAGCUAUCGGUCCCUCGUACAUUUAUGCUAUGCUUAGUAUUUUGGCUUGAUUUUGCAAUGACCGCUAAUGGCAUGGUGAGAUUGUGUUGUCGUGGUCAGUUAUACACU